GCACUUCCUCUUUUGCUGGCUGCUAGCAUCAUUUUUACAUGGUGAAAUUCCUCGUCGCCACUCAACAAAUGCAGAGGUUUUAACAAUGGACACAUCUCGCUUGUAUAAAUCCUCCAAUGAACCCACUCACGACCUUUAUACAAUCCCUAGUUACACCAGUUGGUUUUCUUGGCAAAGCAUACAUGAGGUGGAAAGGCUUUCAUUGCGAGAAUUCUUUGAUGGCAGUUCGAUUUCAAGGACACCCAGAAUCUACAAAGAGUACAGGGACUACAUGAUUACCUCAUACCGUGAGGAUCCGACUCGAAGUUUUUCGUUUUCGGAUAUCCGGAAGUCGUUGGUGGGUGAUAUAAGUGUGCUACACAAGGUGUUUACCUUUUUGGAGAAGUGGGGUUUGAUUAAUUUUGACCCUAGUAAUGCUGAAACGCCGGCUGCUAUUGACGCUCCAGCGGAAGUGGAUAAGGAGGAUGAGAAGUGGAGGAUUAGGGUUGAAGAAGGGGCCCCACAUGGGGUUAGGGUUGUGGCAGCUCCUCAUUCUUUGAAACCCCUUGCCCCGGUUCCUUCACCGGUUAUCAUAGGUGACAGAGGUGGUGGAAGGGGGAGGGGUGGUGGUACGGUGGAUAAUAUACUAAAGUUUUCGCCUAUGGCAUCGUAUUUGGAUGUUUAUGGGGAGUUGGUGGAGCAGCAGAAGAAGGAAAGUGUAGUCUGUGUGAGUUGUAAAGAACAGUGUGCUUCGGGUCAUUAUGAGUACAGCAAGGAUGCGAGCUCGAAUUUAUGUGAGAAGUGUUUUAAAAGUGGUAAUUAUGACAAGAGCAAAUUUGCAGAUGAAUUCAAGUUCAUGGAUGGUGCGAAUCCAAAAGCCAACUGGACGGAAGCCGAAACUUUACUCCUAUUAGAAUCUGUACUGAAGCAUGGUGAUGACUGGGAUCUUGUUACUCAAAAUGUCAAAACAAAGAGUAAGCUGGAUUGUAUCUCCAAGCUUAUACAGUUGCCAUUUGGGGAUCUUAUGCUUGGUUCUAUUCAUAAAAAGCUUAAUUUUUUGGACAAGAAUUGUGAGGUAAGGGGCGUGGAUCAAGCUCAACCUGCAAUAAGUGAGUCUCGAGAAACUCCUGGAAAUCAAUCUCAUGAGCAGAACCAGGAGCGUCAACAGAAUGGUAAUGCUGAAUGCGAAACCCCUGCUCUCAAGAAAAUACGCAGGGCUCCAAUUUCAGAAGACAGUAGUUUCCUGAUGAAACAGGUAGCUCACAUUUCUGGUGCUGUUGGUCCACAUAUCACAGCAUCUGCAGCUGAGGCUGCUGUUACAGCCCUUUGCUAUGAGAAUCAGUGUUCAACGGACAUUUUUGAUGGAGAUGAUAAUGGAUUGGGAUCAAUUGCUGAUAUCAGUGAGACAGAGAGGACAAGUCAAGUUGUAGGUGCUGAAGGGGAAGAAAAGCACGCCAGAUCAGAAACAGAAGUGGAAGUCUCUCAGAGGAAUAGUAUAUCACUAACUUUACGUAUGAGGGCCGCAACUGCUACUGCUAUAGGUGCUGCUGCUGCUCAUGCCAAAUUGUUGGCCAAUCAGGAAGAGAGAGAAAUAGAAUAUCUGGUUUCUACUUUGGUUGAAGCACAGGUGAAGAAGUUGAAACGCAAAAUGAAACAUGUUGAAGCUCUGAACCUGAUGAUGGAGAAGCAGCAUGGCCAAAUGAAGGAUCUAGAAGAGUCUUUAGUUACGGAGAGAAUGGACGUCUUGCAGAAGAUAUUUAAUUCCGGGGUAGCUAGAUGGAGGGAUCAGGCUUCGGUUAAAUCUCAAAGCAGCACCAGCAGCAUAUAACUUGACGUUUCUUGAAUUGCAUAUACAGUGUUGUUGUAGAGAAAACUCACAAUUAGUUAGCUUCUUCAGAUGUUCUCCUGAUGAUGAUUGUCAAUAUGUGCUGGCCUGGUUUAUACUUCAGGUGCAUACAUUUGCUGUU